UGAGGGUGCAGAGCAGCGCCGCGCAGCGCACAGGAUUCACCCGAGGAGGAAACACCUGUUACUGACGGAGCAAGUGGACGGAGAGGAACGAGUGCUUUGCUUUAGUGCUACACACCUGACUGCAUCUACACCACACACCCACACAUCCCACUGCCUUGUGGGACCAUGUGGGUUCUGGAUAAGAUCCGCGGGUCGGUGGAGACUGGCGUGCUGCGACAGGGGGAGAACGGAGACAAAAAAGGCGCCACGCCGUCUUACAGCAACGUCCUCACCCCAGAUAAGAUCCCAGACUUUUUCAUCCCGCCAAAGCUAGUGAGCACCCCUCCAGAACCUGAGAUUCCUAGCCUGAAGCCCAAAGAGGGACUGCAACCCUCAACUUCAGAGCAAACCAUUGGCAGUGGAAAGAAGAUCAGCAGCCCAAGAAGUCCACGGCUGGUAGCCAAGAUUGCAGGAGACACCAAGAACUUGCUGAGAGUGGCAAACCGUCACAUCAUACAGAUCGAGAGUGCUGAUGAUGUUGUGGCUGGAGACACCAAUGCAGACCCCCAGUCGCAGACGGCGAUGUCCCUGCCUUACAUCCCCAAGACUCACACACCUUAUGGCUUUGCAACCCUGAAGGAAAGCCCCCACACUCGCCGCAAAGAGUCACUCUUCCACUGCGAGCACACCAGUCCCAUCACCUCCCCGAACACCCAGAGAAAGGGGAAAAGCAGCGAUGGGGGAAACCAUCUGAAUCCAGCUGACUUCAACACCUCUCACAUGAAUCCUUAUCGAUACUUCAGCGGCGGGGAAAGUGAUACCUGCUCCUCCGCUGAGUCCUCUCCUUUCAGCUCCCCCCUGCUCUCCCGCUCUGCCUCCCUGCUCAAGAUCUUCACCCAUGAGACGCAGGCCAAAGUCGUGAAAGCCAAGAGGACGUUCGCUCGCCACAGUUCCCUCUCCACCGACGAGUGCAGCUCGGCCGAGCCCAGCCCCAAUAUCCAGCGAAGGCUCCAUGUGCCCUCCUUCCACGGAGGUGCUGGGGGGUCAGACCACGGGCUCCACCGGGAGCACACCAUCAACCUGCACAAAGGCGGGUCGCUGAGGAUCAGCGCCAACUACGACUCCAGCACCUCCCGCCUGCUCAUCCGCAUUCUGGCUGCGGAGAGUCUUUACGACAAGCACUUUGACAUCAAGAGCAUCAACUGCUGUGUGUCCGUCUACUUGAACCCGGGCAAGCUGCAGAAGCAAAGGAGCAACAUUAUCAAGAACAGCCGCAACCCGGUCUUCAACGAGGACUUCUUCUUUGACUCAAUAAGCUCGGUUCAGGUGAAGAACCUGUCAGUGAAGUUCAAGGUGGUGAACAAGGGCACCAGCCUCAAGAGGGACAAUCUGCUGGGAGAGCGGGAGGUGCCUCUAACAAAGCUGCUUUCAGGGCUUUAAAGCCACAGGGGGCAAAAAAAACAAGGAUGCUGAUUGAAACUUUAAUUAGAUGUUUGCACUGGUUUCUAUACAAACGGCUCUUUUUAUUCCAAUAGAUGAAAAAGGCGAACUACAAUAAAGGGAGGGGACAACAAAGGGUUUCCAGUAAGUGAAACAUAUUCCUAGAAGGAGGGAGGCUUUCUUUUGAGAUCUAAAAAAAGAAACACCAAGCUCAGAAAAUGAAUCACUUGAUGGACGGAUGAAGGAUUUGUGGUGGUCGAGGCCUGCCUGGUUGAAUGCUCAUUAAACCAAGCCGGGCUCGACAGCAACAGAUGAAUUCAACAGAUGAAAGGUUUUUUUUUCUUUUCUGGACGUAUCUCCCAGCCAACUUCCUCAGCCAGGUCUGGUUCAAAGGUUGGACGACACCUGUGCAUCAGCCUGUCUCACUGUCCUUGCCUGCAUUGUGUUCGCCAUGCGUGGCGGUUUUUUAUUAUUGUAAUGUGACAGAUAUCCACAGCAGCACAGGAUGUGAUUCUGCUUUAGCUACAUCAUGUGUUCGGCACAAAGAUGUUUUUGUGAAUCAGUGCGAGCUUUGAAGUGGCACUACAUCCUGAUGUGCAAAUGACCCUUUGAUCCCAGUUGCCAUGGCCCACCUCCUACAGGGGAAGGCAAGGGACAAAUAGAGCAGUCACAAUAGACACAUUUACAUGCACAUCGAAAAUAGAAUUGUAAUGUGAUUAGUAAUGCAAGUAAGACUAAUCCUGUGAUUGCAUAAUCUCAUUAUGUAAUUAUUAACAGUUCUUAGUAACAGUUAAUAUCCCAGUAACGUAUAAGUGCUGCAAAAAUCUCAAAGUUUUGUAAAUUUAGUAAAGUUAAAGGUGACCUAGUAAACAAAUGUUGAGUUUACAUUCAGUGUGUCUUACCAAAAUCCACUGUGUGAGUCGAACCUUCCUCAUAAGACGAAAUUUGAAAAUAUUAUAGAUCCUGCAUUCUUUACGUCAGUGUUCACUUGCUAGCGUUCUUCUUCCUGACUGCCUUUGUUGGCACAUUGUUACAUUUGUUGGAGUGUUAAACCAACUGUUGAUCAGCAGAAUAGUGUGAAACAAGCAGCAAGAUGUGAACUGCAGCACGACUGCACGACACAAACAAAAUGGGGACCUACUUUUACAAUCAUUAAAAAAAAUCUCCACAGAGUAUCUUUAAAGUUUAUUUUUCUUGAGACAAAUUUACAAAAGUUGUCUGUGCAGUAAGAAUAUUUGAACCUCGUUCUUAUGCAAAACAAUGUAUGUCAAGUAAGGUGAAAGUGAAAUUAGAAUUUUUAUUGAUUCUAGUGACACAUUCAGACGCUCUUGAAACAAGUUGAUUUCUAUUGUUCCAACAGAAAGGUUGAAAUAUUCUUAGUGCACUCGAGGAUUUCUUCACUUAUUUUAUGAAAGUUAAGUUUCAAAACUCAAUUAUAGACAGAAUGUAUGCAGUGUGAGGUACCUGGUCUUUAAUAGCCAAGUCUUUAACUGACUCACUGAGUUAAUGAAUGUGGAGCUAUAAGGAAGAAAUGUUUGCAGGAUAUAUGAGAAAAUUCCUUCGUAUAUUUGAUAUGCAUUUUAUUUCUGUCUGGUUGAUGAAAUCUCUUCAGCCUGUGUGGACGCUCCAGCUGCAGACUGUCACGCACGCCUCAUCCAGUGUGGGCACCUUGAUUAAAUCUUUUGCAACUAGGCAACGGGCUCCUGCCAAAUAGAUCCGACCAACAUCUUCUCUCUCAAUUCAGAUCAGUCGGCGAUACCUUGGUGUUAUUCUGCACACCAAAAACACAGCAGCAGGGACGAUCACCUUUUUUAGACACAUAAAGAUCUUUUAGACGUUUAAAAUUUCUUUCCACUCUAUUUUCCAUUUUCUAAAAUGUUCAGUCACUAAGAUGAGUCAGUCAAAAUCUUCUCUCCCAACAUUUUUUUUCUAAAGUAGCAUCUGAUGGAUAGCAUUUUAUAAAUUACUUUAAUAGAAGUGGCAGUGACAAAGUGCUUUAUUGUGAUUUAACUGCGUUUUGAUCAAUUUUGACAGCAGUGGCACCAGAAACGUGAUUAUUAAAAGUCAAAUUAAAUGCGUCUGUCAUGUAAACAGAAUUUAACACUCGUCAAUUUAUGCAACCAGUAAAAUACAGAAAAAUACUUGUGUGCAUGUAAAUGUAUUAAAUGUCUCAUAUGAGAAGAACAGAGCACUGGCGAGUACCAGUUGCAUGGCAUGAAUAUGUCAGUGACAUCCUGGUGUUUGCAUGACAUGCUCAAAGUUUUAUGAAGCCCUAAAGCCUUACUAUAUGUGUAUGUGUGUGUGUGUGUGAGUGUGAGUGUGUUUUGAUUAGCAUGACAUUUUGUCCAAAAUUGUUCAUUUUCUAUGUACAACAUGUAGUAUUUUGUAAAAAUGUUUUUGAUUGGUUUGAAAUGACUCGAAACGUGUGCUGGAUUUGUACUGUAUAUAACUACAUAUGUACUAGUUUCUACGAUUGUCAGUGAAAUGCCAAUUAUGCACCAGCGAGUGAGAAGUGCUGAUGAGAGGCAUUUUAAUUAUGUCUGUUUCAAUGUUAAUGAAGCCCGGGGGAGGAGGCAGAAAUGUCAAGAAAGAAAUGAGGAAAACACGGCAACGAGGAAAACUAUGUUAUGUGUUUUGACAUGAACAUCCUCGAUGUACUCUGCUGUCCAUCUGAUGAAUUAGAAGAAAUUGCAUGUGAUUGCAGCCUCGAGUGCUCGACAGAGGAGAGCAACUACAGACAGAAAAGAAGUCAGAGACAUCAGAGUGAUGCAAAUUACUGAGGUUUCUCACACACUGCCCCAAAGCUUCAGUUUAAUUCUGUGAGAAUUACUUUCAACUGGUGUUUGUAGCUCACUUGUAGCACUGCUAUUGAUAUGGUCUAUAUACUUUAUAUACAGUGACACUGCUGGUUGUUAUGGUGUGAAACUCGGGUGAUCUGUUGUAAUCCCUGUUGCAAACAUACAGUGCCUGCUCGUAGAGUUAUUGUAUUUUCUACUCAAACUUCCUAAAUUAUACUCAACUUGUUGUUACCAAACCCUUUCUGAGGUUUCUUCUAGCAUGACUAACAUACUUAAGUAGUGUCGGUACUAAACGUCAGUGGAUUCUUAUUGUUUAGUGGUGGGUUGACUUGUGUUCUGAUUGUAGAUGAGGAUUUGCUGCCGAAACAAAUGUUUAUGAUGAUGAUACCCCUGAAAUAUGGGUGACGUAUUCCGCAAAUCGUCCAACUGAGUCUUAUUUUUUUUAUAAUUAAUAGUUUUGACUGUUUUCAUGUGGCUUAUCAUUUAAUAGAAUUGAAAUGCAGGGAGAUAAACAAUAAACAGUUAUGCGACUGCUUCUGCCUGGCCAGGCUUAGUUGCCGUUAUCUGGCCUCGUCACAGGCUCGUAGCUGCAAAUGGUGAAAAGUUCGGUCACAUGUCUGAGUAGAACAACCUUAUCUGUAAAUAUAUCUAAAGGAAUAUCUAUUGUAGCUUAAACAGAUAGUCUUACCCAAGUCUUACCUUGAUAAGAGGUUAAAAAAAAAACUGUUAUACUUAAAAAGUUUGUCUUUAACUUUCUUUCUAUGCCACAAGCUUACCAAAAUCCACAAUAGAUAUUUGAUAAGAAACCCAUUUUGGACCCAUGUUUCACUUCCUGUCUCCGAAUGGUUCCAGAAAAGGCAGAAACCGAAGACAAGAGUGUAGGCUUUAAUAUGUCACAUUUGACAACACAGCAGCACAAAGCUUUGUACACUUUGUGCUGCUCUUGUGGUAGAGUUUGAGCUGAGCUGGAGGCUCAACGCAUGUCUUAUAUUGGACAAUGCUGAGAGGUGAUAAGUCCUGAUAAGCCCACUUGGAAAAAAUGGACAGUACCUUGUCUUUGUUCCCCUUAACUUUCUGAAAAGACAAAGCAUCCUAAAAUCCUCUAUUUAAACAGUACUUGUACUUUUUUUGUCAAAUUAUGUAGAUGCUCUAAUAAGUUUAACUAGACACUAGCCUUGAUGGAGGCUUCAAAACAAAUUUGAUUCUCACUAGUGGGGAAUGAAAUAUGUGUCAAAGGCCUUGUUGUUGCUACAUAAUUCAUCAAAAAAAGGUUCCUCUGUUCAGCUUCUCAGGCUCAGCUCUACUUUUAUCUAAGAUAGUCUCCUGCUACUAUUAGCAUGUUAGCAUUAAUCUUAAAGUGUAGCUGAUUUGACAUUUUGAGAAAAUGUCAUGCCAAGAGUAAGAUGAGAGGAUUGAUAGCACUCUCAUAUCUGUAAAUUAAAUAUUGAGCUAGAGCCAGGCAGGGAUUAUAUUAGCUUAGUGUAAAGAUGGAAAACAGGAGGAAACAGCUGGCCUGUGCGUGGAAAUAACACGCCUACCAGCAUCUCUGAAGCUGAGUAAUUAAUAACCUACAUUAUAUUUCAUUUGUUUAAUCUGUACACAAACUGAAAUGUCAGAGUGGCAAGUUGUGGUUUUAAUGGGGCGCAAGGUGCUGAAACUAUUGGCAACCAGCACAGUGAUCAAAAAAAGGUUAACAUUUUGACCUGUCGGUGGCGCUAGAUAAAAUGUCAGUCGAGCUCUAAACUUAACUGGAUUCUCCCUCUGAGGACUAUGAAUAUACCAAAUAUUAUGACAGUUCAUUCGGUAUUUAUCAAAACAUUUUCAAGAUCAUAAGAUAUUUCAAGUGUUGAACCGACAGACAUUGCUGUCCCCAGAGUCACACUGAUUGUGUGGUUAAAAAAUGCCAACCUUUAUCUGAUCUACAGAAGAAUUAACUUUCCCAUUAUCCCUCCGCCUGUUGUUGUGGAGGAAAUCAGUCCUCAUAUCUCUGCACUCAAUAGCUGUUUAAUUAGGUACAAGGUGCAGAGGCUUGACUGAUAACAUUUAAAAUGAGAACUGAGGAGAGCGUCAGUGCCUGCGUGUGUGAGAGACUGAGAGCGGCGGGAGCCAGUUGGAUGUUUUAUUUCAUUGAUAGUCACUUUUUAUUCCUUAAGCUGUUUUGAUAAACUGUAUAUAUGCUGUAGCGUCUCUCAAGUCUUCCUGUCUUGACAGGUUCUCUAUGAAAAAUGAAACUGAAAAGUGCCGGUCCGUUACUUGACACCGAAAUCUUUAGUUUAUUUCCAGGCUUAGAUAAACAAUGGAAGCUGGUUUCCAUGUGCUGUUGCUGUUCUCGUUGUGCGUCUGGCCUACUUUUUUUUACUGUGAUGCUACAACCACUGACAGCUGUCCUCUGGUUACUUACUGUGUUAAUGGGUGUGAAGUACUUUAAUUAAA